CGAUCAUGAACAUUUUGCGGAACUUUGUGACUUCAGUGAAAGUCAGUGGUGACGCCGUCGAACGCCGUCCAGCCUCGCAUUCAAAUCAAUAUCCUGCCAUCCUAGACUCGAGUUCCAAAAACCAACAAAAUGAACCCUGGUAACCACGGUCGGUCCACAUUGCUAUUAUUGGACUCUCCCCUUCAUCUUGCGUUCCUGGCAUGAGCUUUUAUGUGAACAUAGGAUACCAUCUGAUCGUCAAACUGAGCUUGUUUCAUGUCGCAAGUCGCAAGAACUCAAUCUACACAAGGGAAAAAUAACAACCUAAUUCCGAAGAAUAUGCGGUGACCUCAUGCAUGCAACGGCCCCCCCCCCCCAAAAAAAAAACUCAUAAAACCCAGCGAGUUUUAUAUGUAUGUAUGAGAAUAUCCUCAUCUACAUCGACACUCAAAUGACUAUGAAAUCCCUCAAUGUGUUCGGCAUCGCUACUACUGUUGGUCUAAAUAUGAUGACUGUCAGAGGGUAUUUGCAACUGCCGUCUGGAAAUACCUCGUUCACCCAGUAUUCAGGUUGUGGAAGUCCUGCUUGCGGCGUCACAGCAACAGGGUUCACUGCAGCCAUCAACCAGCUGGCUUUCGGUUCCGUGCCAGGUCUGGGAGCCGGAGAUGCCUGCGGUAGAUGCUUCGCCCUCACCGGCGCUGCUGACCCGUACUCCCCCGCGUUCACUGGACCGUUCAAUUCAAUUGUCGUGAAGGUGACGGAUAUGUGCCCUGUGGAGGGAAACGAACAAUGGUGUGGACAGACGACCUCCGACCCUAUAAAUUCUUUCGGAACGGAAUUCCACUUCGACAUCUGUGAAGACACCGGAGGCGCUUCAGCGUUCUUCCCAUCCGGACACACCGCACUCACCGGCUCUUUUACCGAAGUCAGCUGUAGCGAGUGGUCGGGUUCAGAUGGAAGUGAUCUCUGGAACGGGGCGUGCAUCAGUGGUGAAUCCGCUGCUCUGUGGCCGGGGGGAGUCGGGUGCGGGAAUCAAGGAACGUCGGUUUGAAAGUUUCAAGAAGACAAGAAAUAAUUCGGAGAGAUUCGGAGUCGAUUUGGAGAUGGGCUGGGAUUACUAGGGAUUAGUAGGGAUUACUGCUGAUGAUGAUCAUUGAGUUUUUCAAAACUCGACCGCUGCCGCCGUCUUGCUCUUGUUCAUGAGUACACAUAGGUACAUACAUCAUGAUAUAUGCGACAAGCUUUUUUUCUACAAUCUGCUAUGAUGUGAACUGAGUAGCAAAAAC